AUGACUAUACGACCUCUAGACCAAUUGACUGAAGACCCCCCUUCGUAUAUUGAACCAACCCAGCCAUUACUAGAAAUCACAGAUCAAGAUGACCCUAUAUCUUCUGCGACCACGGAUUUGCCGCGAUAUAUAAGUGGAACAACUUGCGAGAUAGCUCCUUGUAAUACUACAAGUAUAUAUGAGCCAGUUGUGGGAGUGGGAAUCGAUCCAAGUCCAACCAGACGGGACCCAUUGUCGUUGGAUCUAGGUGAUGUGAUUACAGGAAAAGUUGUCAUUACACCUCGUAAAAGCAUGGAUUUUUCGAUUCUGUUAGUUGAUUUAGUAGGAGAGGAGAUUUCAUUACGUGAUAGAGGUUAUUCAGAAUCACACCAUAAGCGGGUUUUCACAGUGGCUAGAUAUGAAAUACCUCACCAGCACAUUUCAGGACCAUUGGAAGAAGGGUUUGUCUAUACGUUCACAUACUCAUUGGUAGUUCCUGAGAGGUUGCCUCGUGAGUUCUGUCCUUGUGGUACUGGUAAUCCUAUCCAUUCGCAGUUACCACCAUCAUAUGGAUUGCCAUUGGAAAACUAUACUCCCCGAAACCAUGAAGAAAACGAAGAGUGUGCACGAGUUUUGUAUAGGGUGCGUGCCCGACUGUACAAAAAUCUCCGCAAUUCACGUGAAGAAACUCUUAAAAUUUGGGCUCAAGGUCACAAAACUGUUUCCAUCCGUUCAUCGCUAUAUCCACCGCUUGUUCUUGAAGAAUUAAAAGAUAGUAACGGUAACAUCUUACGACUUCCAGUUUAUAGUACAAGUAAACAGCUCAGCCAUGGUUUGAUAAGAAAAGUGGCAAUAGGAACGGUAGAGCUGAAAACAUCGGAACCGCUUAAUAUUUAUUUGAACAACCCAUCAACAAAGCUAGUGUCUCUAGAUGUCAUCUAUACACCGCCAAGUGAUCAAAAAUCGACAUCACCUCUGGAAAUUCAUCAUGUUUCGUACAAAGUAAAUGCAUUAACAUUUGCCUCUAUCGAGGCUAUGGCUGAAAUACCAUCUCGACAGUCUGUCAUGAGCAAUAAAAAGUCGCCUGUUUAUAUGUCUAAGGACAAUAUAUUACGCCAAAACCUAACGAUAUGCAAACCACUAUGGAGAUUGAACGAGAAUAACGAUAGUAAAACGAAAGGGAAUAGCUAUGUUACCACUCUAAAACUUCCAUUCUCAUUCCCAGUGACCAAUAAGAAGGUUGUCAGCACAUAUUUUUCGUGCCUCACCUCCAGACAAUAUGAACUAACUGUGACGGUGAACUUCGGAUCAUCCAUAGGUAGCCACAGUAUUACGAUACCAGUUCUAGUGACAAAUUACAAGUCUCGAGAAUCCUCGGUGGCUUCUGUAUACAGCGUUGAAGAUAUAUCCCCACUACGGUCAGAUGCAUCAUCCUACUUCAGUUACUCCAUCCCAACAUAUCAAGAGUCUGUAGGGUCAUCUACUGCAAGUUCCACCGGAGCUAUAACUCCACCAACUCCUGGUCAUAAUUUCACUUGGGGAGGAGGGGCGAGAAGAAUAGCCCGAACCUGUGAACAGGCUGCUAUGAUUAUAGCAUCUAUAUAG